GGCUCUCCGCUUACGGCUUUUUACCAGCGGUGUGUGGAACGUCUGUUUCUGCGUGUCGGAUCUCAAAACGGCCCUGGAAGAUGUUGGGCUCCAAGAACAUACCCUGGCGGCGGCUGCAGGGCAUUUCCUUCGGGAUGUAUUCUGCUGAAGAGCUCAAGAAAUUAAGUGUUAAAUCCAUCACAAACCCUCGGUACCUGGACAGCCUGGGGAGCCCAUCAGCAAAUGGUCUGUAUGACUUAGCACUGGGCCCUGCAGACUCCAAAGAGGUGUGCGCCACCUGUGUGCAAGAUUUCAACAAUUGCUCCGGACACCUGGGCCACAUCGAGCUCCCGCUCACAGUGUACAACCCUCUCUUCUUUGAUAAACUCUACCUGCUGCUCCGAGGUUCCUGUUUAAACUGCCACAUGCUGACCUGUCCCCGGGCUGUGAUCCACCUCCUUGUCUGCCAGCUGAAGGUUCUGGAAGUUGGGGCCCUACAAGCAGUGUAUGAGCUGGAGCGAAUUCUGACUAGGUUUCUAGAAGAAAAUGCUGAUCCUUCUGCCUUUGAAAUUCAAGAAGAAUUAGAGCAAUACACAACCAAAGUUGUACAGAACAACCUCUUGGGGGCGCAGGGAGCACAUGUGAAGAAUGUGUGUGAGAGCAGGAGCAGACUCAUUGCUUACUUCUGGAAGGCACACAUGACAGCUAAGCGCUGUCCCCACUGCAAGACAGGGCGGUCAAUUGUCCGCAAGGAGCACAACAGCAAGUUGACAGUCACAUAUCCAGCCAUGGUACACAAGAAGCCUGACCAGAAAGACACAGAUCCCUUGGCUCCAGGAAUUGAAGAAGCUCAGAUGGGAAAACGAGGCUACCUGACACCCAGCAGUGCCCGGGAACAUCUCGGUGCCAUUUGGAAGAAUGAAGGAUUCUUUCUAAAUUACCUUUUCUUGGGACUGGACGACGUCGGCAUGGAGUCCAGAUUCAACCCCAGUGUGUUCUUUCUGGAUUUCAUAGUGGUGCCACCCUCCAGGUAUCGCCCUGUCAAUCGCCUCGGGGACCAGAUGUUUACCAAUGGCCAGACGGUGAACUUGCAAGCUGUCAUGAAGGACAUAGUUCUGAUCCGGAAGCUUCUGGCACUGAUGGCCCAGGAACAGAAGCUGCCCUCUGAGGUGGCAGCACUUGCCACAGAUGAGGAAGAAGACUCUUCAGUUUCUGUGGAUCGGUCCUUUUUAAGUGUGCUUCCAGGCCAGUCUCUCACAGAUAAACUUUACAACAUUUGGAUUCGCCUUCAGAGCCAUGUUAAUAUUGUGUUUGAUAGUGAGAUGGACAAGUUAAUGAUGGAAAAGUUCCCUGGCAUUAGACAGAUCCUGGAGAAGAAGGAAGGCCUGUUCCGAAAACACAUGAUGGGAAAGCGAGUAGACUAUGCGGCCCGCUCCGUCAUUUGCCCAGACAUGUACAUUGGCACCAAUGAAAUUGGAAUUCCUAUGGUAUUUGCCACAAAACUGACCUACCCUCAGCCAGUGACCCCCUGGAACGUCCAGGAACUGAGGCAGGCAGUCAUCAACGGUCCAAACGUGCACCCUGGAGCCUCCAUGGUAAUCAAUGAGGAUGGCAGCCGCACAGCCCUGAGCACCGUGGACAUAGCCCAGCGGGAAGCAGUGGCCAAACAGCUCCUGACACCAGCCACAGGGGCACCUAAGCCCCAAGGGACAAAAAUUGUGUGCCGGCACGUGAAAAAUGGGGACAUUCUCCUGCUGAACCGACAGCCCACCCUCCACAGACCUUCCAUCCAGGCCCACCUUGCCCGCAUCUUGCCCGAAGAAAAAGUCCUGCGGCUGCACUAUGCCAACUGCAAGGCAUACAAUGCUGACUUUGAUGGAGAUGAAAUGAAUGCCCAUUUUCCCCAGAGUGAGCUGGGCCGGGCUGAAGCCUAUGUUUUGGCCUGCACUGAUCAGCAGUACCUUGUCCCCAAGGAUGGUCAACCAUUGGCGGGCUUGAUACAAGACCACAUGGUUUCAGGUGCAAACAUGACUAUUCGAGGUUGCUUUUUCAACCGGGAGCAGUAUAUGGAGCUGGUAUACCGAGGACUCACAGACAAAGUGGGGCGUGUGAAGCUCAUUCCUCCUGCCAUCCUGAAGCCUUUUCCACUGUGGACAGGAAAGCAGGUUGUGUCUACACUGCUGAUAAACAUCAUCCCAGAGGACUACAUUCCACUGAACUUAAGUGGAAAAGCAAAAAUCCCUGGGAAAGCCUGGGUGCAGGAAACUCCUCGGCUUGUUCCCAACUUUAACCCUGACUCGAUGUGUGAGUCCCAGGUGAUCAUCAGGGAAGGGGAGCUGCUCUGUGGUGUUCUGGACAAGGCACACUACGGCAGCUCCGCCUACGGCCUGGUCCACUGUUGUUACGAGAUCUACGGGGGCGAGACCAGUGGCAGAGUCCUGACCUGCCUGGCUCGCCUUUUCACUGCCUACCUACAGCUCUAUAGAGGUUUCACCUUGGGCAUGGAAGACAUUUUGGUGAAGCCAAAGGCAGAUAAAAAGAGACAUCGGAUCAUUGAAGAAUCCACCCAGUGUGGGCCCCACGCUGUCAGGGCUGCAUUAAGCCUGCCAGAAGCUGCGUCAUGUGAUGAGGUCCGAGGGAAAUGGCAGGAUGCCCAUCUGGGGAAAGAUCAGAGGGAUUUUAACGUGAUUGAUAUGAAGUUCAAGGAGGAAGUGAACCAUUACAGCAACGAGAUUAACAAGGCAUGCAUGCCUUUCGGCCUGCACAGACAGUUCCCAGAGAACAAUCUGCAGAUGAUGGUGCAGUCAGGAGCCAAAGGUUCAACUGUGAACACAAUGCAGAUCUCAUGCCUGCUGGGCCAGAUUGAAUUGGAAGGUCGGAGACCCCCACUGAUGGCAUCUGGCAAGUCACUACCCUGCUUUGAGCCUUAUGAAUUCACCCCUAGGGCUGGUGGCUUCGUCACUGGAAGGUUUCUCACCGGCAUUAAGCCUCCCGAGUUCUUCUUUCACUGUAUGGCAGGGCGAGAAGGCCUAGUGGACACAGCUGUGAAAACCAGCCGCUCUGGCUACCUCCAAAGGUGCAUCAUCAAGCAUCUGGAGGGGCUGGUCGUCCAGUAUGAUCUGACAGUCCGUGACAGCGAUGGCAGCGUGGUGCAGUUCCUGUAUGGAGAGGACGGCUUGGACAUCCCCAAGACACCAUUCCUGCAGCCCAAGCAGUUCCCCUUCCUGGCCAGCAACUAUGAGGUGAUAGUGAAAUCCAAGCAUCUCCAUGAAGCUCUGUCCAGAGGAGAAUCCCAAAAAGCUCUCCAUCACUUCAGAGCCAUCAAAAAAUGGCACAGCAAACAUCCCAGCACCCUGCUGAGGAGAGGCGCCUUCCUCAGUUAUUCCCAAAAGAUUCAAGCAGCAGUGAGAGCCCUGAACCUUGAGGGCAAGAACCAGAAUGGCCGCAGCCCAGAGGCUCAGCAGAUGUUGCAGAUGUGGUAUGAGUUGGAUGAACAGAGCCGUCGGAAAUACCAGAAGAAAGCAGCCCCUUGUCCUGACCCCAGUCUGUCUGUCUGGCGUCCAGACAUCUACUUAGCAUCUGUGUCUGAAACAUUUGAAAAAAAAGUUGAUGACUACAGCCAGGAGUGGGCAGCCCAAGCAGAGAGGAGCUAUGAGAAAUCGGAGCUUUCCCUCGACAGGUUGAGGACGCUGCUGCAGCUGAAGUGGCAGCGCUCACUGUGUGACCCAGGCGAGGCCGUGGGUCUGCUGGCUGCCCAGAGUAUUGGGGAGCCCUCCACGCAGAUGACCCUGAACACUUUCCACUUUGCAGGCAGAGGCGAGAUGAACGUCACUCUUGGCAUUCCCAGGUUGAGGGAGAUUCUCAUGGUGGCCAGCGCCAACAUCAAGACACCUAUGAUGAGUGUGCCCGUGUUUAACACCAAGAGGGCCCUGAAGAGAGUGAAGAGCCUGAAGAAGCAGCUCACCAGAGUGUGCCUUGGGGAGGUGUUGCAGAAAGUUGAUGUUGAGGAGACCUUCUGUAUGGGGGAAAAGCAGAACAAAUUCCGGGUGUACCAGCUUCAGUUUCACUUCCUGCCACAUGCAUAUUACCAGCAGGAGAAGUGCCUGAGGCCUGAGGACAUCCUGCACUUCAUGGAAACAAGGUUCUUUAAGCUUCUGAUGGAAUCCAUCAAAAAGAAGCAUAGUAAAGCAUCAGCCCUCCGGAGUGUGAACACUCGGAGAGCUACACAGCGGGAUCUCAGUGAUGCUGGAGAAUCAAGGAGGACCCAGGGAGAGCAGGAGGGCGAUGAGGAAGAAGAGGGGAACAUUGUGGAUGCUGAAGCUGAGGAGGGGGAUGCUGACGCCUCAGACACAAAGUGCAAGGCGAAGCAGGAAGAAGAGGUGGAUUAUGAGAGUGAGGAAGAGGAGGAGAAAGAGGAAGAAGAAGAUGAGGAGGACACACAGGAUGGUGGGAACAUCCAUGGUGAGGAUGCCAACCAGGCCCACGAACCAGAUGAGGAGGUAGGCUCGGCCGCUGAGGAGGACUUGCCUCAGAAACUUCCCUGCCGCCGCCGGGAACCCCAAGGAGCCGAGGCUGUGGAGCGCCGUGUCCAGGCUGUGCGUGAGGCCCACUCAUUCAUUGAGGACUACCAGUAUGACACGGAGGCCAGCCUGUGGUGCCAGGUGACGCUGAAGCUCCCUAUGAUGAAAAUUAACUUCGACAUGAGCUCCCUCAUCAUGUCCUUAGCCCACAGUGCUGUUGUCUAUACAACGAAGGGCAUCACUCGGUGCCUCCUGAACGAGACCACCAACAGCAAGAACGAGAAAGAGCUUGUGCUGAACACAGAAGGAAUCAACCUCCCAGAGCUGUUCAAGUAUUCUGAGGUGCUGGACCUGCGCCGACUCUAUUCCAAUGACAUCCAUGCCAUGGCCAACACAUAUGGCAUCGAGGCUGCACUACGCGUGAUUGAGAAGGAGAUCAAGGAUGUGUUUGCUGUAUAUGGCAUUACAGUGGAUCCUCGCCAUCUGUCCCUGGUUGCUGAUUAUAUGUGCUUUGAGGGUGUUUACAAGCCGUUGAAUCGCUUUGGGAUCAGGUCAAGCUCCUCUCCUCUGCAGCAGAUGACGUUUGAAACCAGCUUCCAGUUUCUGAAGCAGGCCACCAUGAUGGGAUCCCACGAUGAGCUGAAGUCCCCUUCAGCCUGCCUCAUGGUCGGGAAGGUUGUCAAGGGCGGAACAGGCCUGUUUGAGCUCAAGCAGCCCCUGAGAUAGCGGCUGCUGCAGCACCGUU